CUUGUCUACAAUUAUAAAGCACCUCCCAUCUCUCCGAUCGACCUGAAGAAAGGGUCAUCAACAUCCACUCUUCCUUAAAAACUACCGUGAUUCGAUUGAGGUACGCUCACAAAACAACCAACCAAGCAAACAAGUCCACUUGGAAAAAACCUGCCACCAUGCUUCCAUCUACCCUCCCUAUCAGAAGUCUUCUAAUCCUCCUUCUCAUCUCCAUAAGCUCCGCCAUGUCUCUCACCCGCUAUUCCAAACCCGUGCCCUCUGGGGCUAUAGUGGCCGAGACCCGCGAGCAGCUCAACCAGAUCACCUUCGAGAAUCAAUACACGCUUCUACACGAGGAGGACGGUGGCUACAUGCUGAAGCAGACCGAAGACGGGACUGUGGUGGCUGUAGCCGGUGACGCUCUCUGCGCGGAACUCGACAAGGUCUUUGCCGACCUCGACGCCAGGGAGGCUGCAGAGAAGAACCAGGAGCAUCAGCAAGGUGGGGACUCCAGCACCGGCGGCUCUGGCAACGGUGAAACGCGGCGAUCUGCGAAUGACAUCCAGGCGGACGAUAGGCUGAAUGCUUGUGCUCAUCGCAGAUGCUUCAACUCGGUGAUUUGUAUAACUUAUAGAGACUGUCAUAUCUGCUCAUCUCGGAAUGUGUGUAUUUGAGGCACAAAAUGUUUGGUAUGAUGUGCUUGAUGUGUUGAUAGUUGAGUGGUCGGCGAUGGUAUAGUGUGGAUAACAAGGGUUGGAGGAUAGGGCGAGGAAGGGUAAGGGGACAGUGGGGGACAAAUUGUUCUCCUGUUGAUGGCGCUCUCGUGCCACUGAGUGUUAUUAGCAGUUUGGACAGGC